UUUGGCAGUUAGUGCAAACAAAUCAGUUUAUUUAUUAUCACUUUAGUAUCGAGAGAAUAACCGCUCGAUUAUCUUUAAAGGGAUAUUUUCAUGUUCUACUAAAGAAAAUGCAAUUUAUUAUCGCAGUUAUUCAUAUUCUCUUUUUAUUUGAUGUGGCAUUCACUACAUUAUCUCCACCAACCGACAAGAAAGGCCAGAAAGGUGUAAAAACACAGGAAGGUCCAAGAAAAAACAAUGUGUUAGACCGAAAGCUGAUACACGAGACACCUUUAGCGAAGGAUAUAAUCAAAUACCAUGCAACGUACCACCAGGAGUUAUCUAUCCGACAUUUCAGCAACCCUGUUCUAGGUUAUGUUACUCCUUGGAAUAAUAAAGGCUAUGAUGUAGCAAAAAUAUGGGCACCAAAAUUUAAUUAUAUUUCUCCUGUAUGGCUCCAAAUUAAAAAACAAGCUCCAAACAUUUAUAUCAUUUCUGGACUGCAAGAUGUGGAUCAUGCUUGGAUGAUGUCUGUUAAACAAAAGGGCUUUGAUAAUAAUUUAAAAAUAUUACCAAGAAUUAUCUUCGAAAACUGGCCAGCUGCUGAUCUAAAAUCAUUCUUCGUGGAUCCUACUUCACAUUCUGAACAAAAAGCACUUAUAGAAGAGAUUAAAAAGUCAUGUAAGCAAUGGAAAUUUGAUGGCAUUGUUUUAGAAAUGCUGUCCCAAAUUGGGAAAUAUGCUGACAAGUCUGUGAAGUUUAUACAACAGUUUGGUUCAGAGAUGAGUGAUGACAACUUGAGUUUGAUAUUAGUCUAUCCACCAUUCCGUGGAUAUCCCAAUGAUGAGUUCUUCAUACAAGCAUUCAAUGAUAUUUAUCCUUAUGUGGAAGCAGUGUCUGUCAUGACUUACGACUUCUCUAAUCCUCAGAAGCCAGGACCUAACGCUCCAUUAUAUUGGAUGAGACUGUGUGUUGAAAAAUUAAUUGAUGGUGAUGAGAAUCCUGUUAAACGACUGAAAAUACUUCUGGGAUUGAACUUUUAUGGGAAUUCAUACACUGCAAAUGGAGGGGGACCUAUUGUAGGUACAGAAUACAUAGAAUUAUUGAAGAAUGCUAAAAAUAACCAAGCUCUGUCAUACAAUAAUAACACUGCAGAGAACUAUGUGGAAAUUCGGACAUCACAAGGUACAAAGAAAAUAUUUUAUCCAACGUUAUAUUCAGUACAAAAAAGACUGGAAUUGGCUCGGGAGUACGGAAUUGGAGUGGCGAUAUGGGAAUUGGGACAGGGACUUGAUUACUUUUAUGAUUUAUUUUGAUCAAUUGUGAUAUUAUGUUUAAGUUAUUAAAUUAAAUUAUGUAUAAAUUGUAAAUUAGUCUGUUAUUUAUAAGUUCAGAAAUAUAAUGCUUUCUCUUCUUCAUAAUAUUUAUUGGUUGAAAUUUACGUUAACAAUCUUAUUUACAGUCAGUCUUCAUAAAAUCCUUUUAAUUUUUAGGCUGAUUUUUAAACAAUAUUAAUCAUGGUUGUUUGUUUUAUUUUUUUGUCAAAAACAGAAAAAAAUAAGUUAUAAACAUUGAAAAUGGAUCUUAAUAGUACCAUAAUAAAAUUGCUGCAUCCAAACAAUACACAAUAUGUAAACAAUCCCCAGUAGGAGAUGUUUUGCAGUAUAAUUAAUAUACUGUUACUUCUUUUCAUAGCAUAAUUUAGUCUAA